AUGGCGCCGCCCGCCGCGCUGCUGGCCGCGCUCCUGGCCCUCGCCGCGGAGGGCGCUGGCUGCCCGCCGGGCGGCUGCGACUGCCCGGCGCCCCGCGGGUGCACCUACCCCACCGAGGACCCGGUCGAAUUUGUCGGCGAGGAGCUACGCGGAGGUCCUGGCCGAGGGCUCCUGCGGCGACGUGCAGCUGGGGGAGGUGGAGAACCUGCCGGAGCUCGUGCCGGAAGCUCGGUGUUCUUCCUGCUGAACGGGGCCGCCCAGGGCUUGCUCGCCCGCACAGGCGCAGGCUGCUUCGGCUCUGCCGCAGUGGCGGCCGCGGCCAGGCUGUCACCGAGGGCGGCCCGCGUCCGCGCCGUGAGCCCGAUGGGCCGCCGGGUCGACGGCCUCGCCUCGGCGCGUGCCCAGGGCGGCUUUGUGCACCUGCUAAUCCUCGGCGAGCGCUUCCACUGGAGUCCCGUGCGCCCAGGCUUCGUGCGGCGGCUGCACAGCGAGGAUCUCCUCGAGAUGGUGACGCUGUCCGUCGCCCCGCCCGUCUUCCUGGUGCGCUCGUCGAGCGGCAGCGUCAUCGGGUGGGACACUCAAGACCUGAUCCAGGUGGCGCAGCCGCAUUUGCGGGACUCCCCUGAGAAGCAUUACGGCAAAGGCAUGGAGAGGCACAGAACGUCACAAACGGCGAUGAUCCCCAAUUCUGGCAGGUCAUUCCGGGCUCAGAAACUUACGCAGAGCCUAGCCAGGCUCGGAAGCGUUUCACAGGUGGAGGGCCUGCAGGUUGUCAAAUAUCGCAGGGACGAACACUACAAGAAGCACCAAGACUUUUUUGUUAAAGGUGAGGAGGUGGAGUUUGAUCAGUGGGUCGAGUGGCUGGAGCAGAGGCUGAGGGAGAACGCCACGCUGAAGGACGCGAUUGCAAGUGCAGAUUCGCGCUUGCACCCGGCCAGCCCGUCCUUCAGCCGAGCAUUGUAUGAACACCUGAAAGCGGGAAGGAUGCUCAACGAGCAAGACUCGGCAUGGGUGGGGGAUGCAGUUUCGGACGAGGACUACAAGAGUAGAUUUCGGCAUGUGUUGAAGGUGGCACCGUUGGCGCGCCUAGCGAAGCGGGCCUUCGCGUCAGCAGUGCGCACGCCAGAGCUUGUGAUGCCAGAGCCUCCGCUCGGGCAGAAUCGCCUGGCGACCCUGUUCGUGUACCUGAACAGCGAGUUCGAAGGCGGCGCGACUGGCUUCGUGAGCGCCAGAAUGCCGCCAGAUCCACCGCCGGAGCUGGUGUGGAGCACAUACGCUCUGCCUGAGUGCCAGAGCGGCAUCCAGGUAAGGCCCAAGGCUGGCGACGCAGUGCUGUUCUACAACCUCCGGGCGGAUGACGCCGUGGAGCCACUGUCCCAGCACGUCGCGUGCCCUCCCCACAGUGGCGUGAAGUACGGGGCCAACGUGUGGAUCCAGACCGGAGAGCCCUCGCGGCUGGAGCUGUGA